AUGGCUGCACAUUCCUUCCCUCUACUCCGUCUCCCUCCGAAGAACCUUGCAAGUGUUCUCCGCCAAGUGGAAAUUAUUGAACAAAUUGGGCUCUCGCUACUUUCCAACAAAACUAAGGAGUAUAUCAGAAAGUUUUGCGACUUUAAAGGUUUUGAACUUUCGGUAUGGCUUCAUCCAUACGCAGUGGAGCUUGAAUUGUUUAAAAAUGGAGAAGGAGCCACUCACUGUUCAUUUCGAGACGGCAGAGCUUGUGAACAUAAUGAAUAUCCAGACGGAUUCACAUUUGAUGCUUCACAGUUCUUCGAUAUGAAAAGCUGCCUGAAACAUUUACUGUAUAUUCUCAACCCAUCGAAAAUCGCUUUUCUGUUUUAUAUACAAUCCAAUGAGGUUUCCGAUGAAUCUCAAUUUCAAAUGACCGUGGAUUGCUUAAAAGGCGUCAAGAUCUUAAAGUUUUCUGCAAAGUGCAUUCCUCAAAUGAAUCAUAUUGUCCGGCUUGUCAAUGCAUUUCCGCAGACCAACAGGCUCAGCCUGGUGAAAAACUCAAAUCAACCGUUUCAGCUGUCGACUCUGCGCCAAAUUUUGCACCGGAAGAUCCAAAAACUUAACCUAGUAAUUGAUAUAACGCUGAACGAGCUUCUUCUCAACAACUCUGCAACUUCUGACUUUUACAGUGAAAGGUUAAGAGGGAAGGAUAUCAAUUUGUUCUUGAAACACUGGGCGGCCGGAUUGAAACCUGAACUUGAAUAUAUAUCCUUCCAAAUAUCAGCCGUAAACUUCGUCGAAAGCACUAUUCUUGCAGGAAUACCCCAUUGA